GAUUCCCCCAAGGAUGCGAGGCUACGGAAGCUCAUACGUGGAGUCUACGAGAGGAAGAAUCCCGAGAAGCUUGCCGACUUGGACGACCUCUUGGCAAAGUAUGCCGACAAGCUCGAGCAGGCUUAUGAGUUUGUCUGCAACAAGUACGGCGAGACCAAGGAGGAUCUGGAUUCGAUCGAGCCGCCGCUCACGGUCUUCGAGAAGCAGAAGGACAGCACCAGCGAGGAAAGCGAGGAGGACCGCCAUGAGAAAAAGCACAAAGGCCGCAGAAGGACCGGCCACGGUCAUCACAGGGAGAAGACGCACGAGAUGAAAGCUGUCAAAAAGGAGCUGAAGGAGAAGGAUAAAGAAAAGGAGAAGGACAAGGAAAAGGAGAAGAAGCGGAAGGAAAAGGACAAGGAUCGUGAGAAAGAGAAGAAGCGGGGCAAGGAGAACCAGGGUCUGACCAGCCCUCCGCCACACCUGCCGAUGCACAUGAU